AUGGCAACUGCAGUGCAAUAUCUAGCACUAGCUGCUUAUCAUUUCCGGACGAAUGUGAGCCGACCUGGUUUCGGUCAUGUUUUCAUCGAAUCAGCCAACCAUCAUCGCUCAAACUGCAAGAGACUAAUUGAUUAUCUAACUAUGAGAGGUCAAAACGUCGUAGAUGUCAAUACGUUGUUACAACUUAGCUAUACGCCGACGCAAACAGAAUGGACGAAUGUAGCGGAAGCUUUAAAAUUCGCUUUGCAACUUGAAGGUGUUGUUACUGAUCGUUUCCGUAAUGUGAUUGGUGUUUGUGAGGAUCAAUCCUUCAAUGAUUAUAAUUUGAACAACUGGUUGACUAAGGAGUUCUUGUACACACAAUAUGAUGAUAUGAAGUGGUACGCCGAUACAACUUCGUCUCUAUUGAAGGUGUUUGUCACCAAUGGAUAUUACGGAGAGUUCCAACUUGAUGUUGGAUUUGAAGAUGAAUAUUGUGAUUAA